AGAGAGAGAGAGAGAGAGAGAGAGAGAGAGAGAGAGAGAGAGAGAGAGAGACAUAAGCGAGAGCUAGUUUUGCCUCUCUCGGGUGUCAGAGCCACUGAAGCCCAGGCAAAGGGCACUGCUGAGCAUCGGCGUUACAUGCACACUCUGCUCCCAGGAACCACGCAGAGCAACAGUGGAUCAAAGAGGAGAGAGAAGCAGAGCAAGAAGAGGAGCCGUGGACAGGAGCAGGGGACAGUAGAAGUAGACGGAGUGACAGGAAACAUCAACAUGAUGCCGGGUUUGUCACAGAUGCCAAUGCAAAUUUGAAGGUUGACAAGAGGACAGCCUCCUGCCUCCCCUGCACAGUGCGUUGCACUCUUAUUGUGACCGGUCGCUCCACAGCAUCGCUCCACCACCACCCCAGCGAGGUUUCCACUUUUAACUUUCUUUUGGCCCGUCCGAACUGCCCCCCAGCCUCCGAAGAUGGAAUCACCUACCAAAGAGAUCGAGGAGUUUGAAAGCACGUCUCUGAAAUACCUACAGCCUGAACAGAUCGAGAAGAUUUGGCUUCGUCUUCAUGGGCUGAGGAAGUACAAGAAGACGUCACAGAGGUUAAGAUGUCUGGUGAAACAGCUGGAGAGGGGGGAGGCGUCUCUGGUGGACCUGAAGAAGAACCUAGAGUACGCGGCCACCGUGCUGGAAUCGGUGUACGUCGAGGAGACCAGGCGCCUGGUGGACACUGAGGAUGAGCUCAGUGACAUCCAGUCAGAGUCGGUGCCGUCGGAGGUGCGUGACUGGCUGGCCUCCACCUUCACGCGCCAGAUGGGGCUGAUGCUGCGGCGCACCGAGGAGAAGCCACGCUUCCGCAGCAUCGUGCACGCUGUGCAGGCCGGCAUCUUCGUGGAGAGGAUGUACAGACGCACUUCCAACAUGGUUGGACUCAGCUACCCUACAUCUGUAAUAUCUGUGCUUAAGAACGUGGACAAAUGGUCGUUUGACGUGUUCGCCCUGAACGAGGCGAGCAGCGACCACGCCCUCAAGUUCAUCUUCUACGAGCUGCUCACCCGAUACGACCUCAUCAGCCGUUUCAAGAUCCCCAUCUCAGCGGUGGUGUCCUUCGUGGAGGCCUUGGAAGUGGGCUACAGCAAACACAAGAACCCCUACCACAACCUGAUGCACGCUGCGGACGUCACACAGACCGUGCACUACCUGCUGCUCAAGACGGGCAUGGUGCACUGGCUGACUGAGCUGGAGAUCUUCGCACUGAUCUUUGCGGCCGCCGUGCACGACUACGAGCACACAGGGACCACAAAUAACUUCCACAUCCAGACCAGGUCGGACACGGCCAUCCUGUACAACGACCGCUCGGUGCUGGAGAGCCACCACGUCAGCGCGGCAUACCGCCUGCUGCAGGACGACGACGAGAUGAACAUCCUGUACAACCUGUCCAAGGACGACUGGAGAGAGCUGCGGGCGCUGGUGGAGAACCUCCGCGGCCAGCUGGCGGAGCGCCGGAGGGGUUCAGAGCGAGCCCCGUCCUCUGAGCCCAACGCGACCCCGGAGGAGUCCACUCAGGAGAACGCAAGCUACCUCCAGCUCACCAGCAACGCCGGCAACAGCGCGCUUCAAGAGCGACUGAGCACGGCGGAGAACAAGAACGUGGAGCUCUUGGGCAAGCUGGACGGGGCGCUCAGCGAGAAGGGACAGCAGACCGCCAGCUACUGCGACUCGGCCUUAAAGAUCCAGGAGCUCAUAGACCAGCUGAAGGCGGCCGAAGAGGAGAGGCUGGCGGCUCGGAGGGAGGCCGACGACUGGGCCAAGCGGGCCCAGCAGGUGAUCCACAAGCUGAAGCUCAGGGAGGAAGAGACGCGGAGGUCGAGCGAGGAGAAGCUGGCCAAGGUGAAGGCCGCGGCCCGCGGGGAGCAGGAGCAGGUGCUCAAGCGGCUGGAGGACCUCCAGGGGGUCGUGGGUCGGAUCGAGGGGGCGCUGACGCUGAAGGAGAAGGAGGCGGGGAACCUGCGGUCCCAGCUGCAAGACCUGCAGGCCUCGCUGGAGCACCGGGAGAGGCAGGCGGAGGAGCUGAAGAAGAGGCUGCGGGAGGAACGACGAGACGUGACGUGGAGGAGCAGUAACAGCCAGAAUGAGUUCCUGGACAGCCAGCUGCUGGACUUGAGAGAGAAGCUGAAGGACCGAGAACAGGAGUUGGCCCAUAGCUCGGAGCGAGUGAAGUACCUGGAAGCCGUGGUGGAGAAGCUAGACGUGGAGAAAAAACACUUGAACGCUGGGAACGAUGUUUUUCCCAUCGAUCAGUCCAAGAUUCUGGAGGACUACAAAUCCCAGUGCGCCAGUCUCAUGGAGAUAAACGCGAAGCUGCUGCAAACUGUGAAACGGAGUGAGGCGAGCAACCGAGAACUGUCUGAGAGCAGGGCGGCCAUGCGGGAUCAACUGGCGUCUUUAACGGCCUCCCAGAACCCUCUAAAGGUGCAGGAGGAGGCCGCCAUGCUGAGCAUCGAGGAGAGAGAAACCAAACUCUUAGAGGCCAAUCAGCGUUUGGAGGAAGUGGUCCACAAGGCUCUCCUCCAGAGCGAAGCGUCUGACGCCACCUUGAAGAGGCUGGAGCGCGACAACAAGGAGAUUAUGGAGACUCAAUUGUCCUUGAAGAAGCAGUUGGCCUCCACUCAAGGGUACCUCGACGCGAUCGCCACAAAGGAGACCCAGCUCGGAGGUCAGCCGCUCCCGUGCGAUUUCCCGCAGUCCAGGGCCGAGGUGACGCGGAGCGACGGCAGGAAGACGGACGGCGAGAAGAGCACCGCGGAGAAACCGGAGAAGGCGCAGAAGCUCCACAACGCGCACCACCACGCCUCCCACCCGGACGCCGGCAAGAGACACCUGCUGGCGGAGGCCCAGCUGGAGCUGAACCUCAGGGAGGUGACCACGCUCCAGGACGAGGUGGUGGAGCUGCGGGCCCAGCUGCUGGCCGGCGCCGCCGAGCGGAUGAAGGUGCAGGCGCUCCAGGAGGUGACGGAGGCCUCCCGGGAGGACCUCCGCAUGCUGGUGGAGCAGCUCAAGGCCCAGGUGGAGGAGCUGAACCGCCGGCACGUGGACGAGAUCCUCCACUCCCGGGAGCGCGAGGACACCCUGGGCCGCCAGCGCGACGGCGAGGCCCGGGUGAGGGACGACCUGGCGGCGGAGGCGGCGGCCUCCCGCGAGGAGCUCCGCGGCCUCAAGCUGCGCUACGAGGCGGCGUGCCUGGAGAGCGCCGAGGCGGCCGAGGCCCUACACCGGGCCAACACGGAGACGGCGGAGCUGGGCGUGCACGUGUGCACGCUCAGCGCCGAGAAGGAGGAGGCCCGCCUGCGCUGGGAGGCGCUGUCGGCCAAGCUGCGGGAGCUGGAGGAGGAGGCGUCGCGGGAGACGCAGAGGCUCAGCGCCCGGAUGGAGCAGCUGAGCCGGGAGAACCGGCGGCUCUCCGAGCGGCUCGGCGAGGAGCAGGGAACGGGGGGGCGGAGCGGGCCCCCGGAGGAGGAGGAGGAGGCCCCGCAGGAGACGGAGACCCAGCAGGAGAGCUGCCAGACCAUGAGCCAAGCCGACCUGCCGCAGGGUGUGAAUGAGGAGCUUCAGGAGUUGAGGUCCAAGCUGGGGGUCGAGCGCGAGAAGGCGGUGCUUCUGGAGAGCGAGGUCAAACAGCUGGAGGCGGAGAAUCGGCGAUACAGCGAGCAGAUUGAAGGGAAAAGCGCGCAGAUGUCUCAAUCUCAGCUCCUCGUUCAGCAGAGGGAUGAGGAGCUGAACCAAAUGAAGGGGAAAUUAUUGAGGACGGCAGAGGGCUUGGCAAUGGCGGAGAAGUCCUGCGAGGAGAUGAGCGACAGACUCAGAAGAGCCAAUCAGGAACAACAGAGCAGAGACGUGAAGAUGGCCGCCGAGCUGGACGACCUAUACCGCACCAAGAUCAACCUGGAGGAGCGACUGAUAGAGCUGAUCAGGGACAAAGAUGAACUGUGGCAGAAGUCGGACGCCCUGGAGUUUGAGCAGAAGCUGCGAGAGGAGGAGACGGAGCGCGACGUCAAUCACUGCCUGGACUGCCACAGCCAGUUCAGCUGGUGGCUCCGCAAGUACACCUGCAGGCUGUGUGGGCGUCCCUUCUGCUACUACUGCUGCAGCAACACCGUGAGCACCCUGCAGGCCGGCGGCGGCGGCGGCGGCGGCGGCGCAGCAGGCAACAGGGAGCGCUGCUGCCGGCACUGCUACGACCAGCACAGCGCGGUGGUGGAGCGCCACCCGCAGGAGCAGGACGCCAACGCACCCGACGCCCCCUUCGGCGCCCUGCCACAGCCGGGCGACCGGGCGGCAGCAGGAGGGGACGACGGCGUCUUUGACAUCAUCACAGAGGAGGAAGUGAGCGGCGUGUACGACAGCGACUCACUCUCCUUCUCCACCGCCUGCUCUCCCGGACACGGCCAGGAGGGGGCAGCACAGCUUAGGAGCGGUGCCGGUGCUGAAGACCCCCCCCCCGCCGCCGCCGUGGUGGUGGAGCCCCUGACGGAGGAGCCCGAGGAGGCCAUGGCCCCUGCAGUGCAAGACGCCGAAAUCUGUCUGCUCAAGGCCGGGGAACUCACGCUCUCGGCCCCCUACACCCUGGAGGACAUCGAGGGCUUCGGGGACGCGUCCCGGGAGCUGUUCGUCCGCUCCAGCUGCUACAGCGUGGUCCCCAUCACGGUGGGCCCCGUGGGGCCCCAGGACGGGCCCACCGUCACCUGGGUGUUCACCUCCGAGCCCAAGAGCAUCUCCUUCAGCGUGGUGUACCGCGAGGACCCCCUCACACCCCCGGAGGACGCCAAGGUCCUGAUCCCCCUGACCCGCUGCAACUCCCACAAGGAGACCAUCCAGGGGGAGCUGAAGGUCCGCCUCCCCGGGGAGUACACCCUGGUGUUCGACAACUCCUUCUCCAGGUUCAUAUCCAAGAAAGUGCUGUAUCGCCUGAGUGUGGCCAAGCCUGUGGUCUACGAUGGAAGCGACUGCCCGUGAGAAGGCGAAAAAGAAGAGGAGGGGGGAGAGAGAGAGAGAGAGAGAGAGAGAGAGAGAGAGAGAGAGAGAGAGAGAGAGAGAGAGAGAGAGAGAGAGAGAGAGAGAGAGAGAGAGAGAGAGAGAGAGAGAGAGAGAGAGAGAGAGAGAGAGAGAGAGAGAGAGAGAGAGAGAGAGAGAGAACAAUUUCUCUUUUUCUGUCGAUUUCCCAAAUCACCCAAACCAUAUCCAGUAGAUCCAUGUGUGAAAAGUGUGUGCCUCUGUUGGUUAGCUUAGAGAAUCAAGUCUGCCGACUAGAAGCAGGUCUGUUUCUGCAGUAGCAAAGGGCGAUGGACUAUUUGUUUGCAAUGCCUCUGAUUCUGGCAACCGAACACAUAACAGCUGGUAAAGCCCGCUUGAAAGAUUCCUCUCUCAAGCAAGUGCUUGCUCCUAAAGUGUUAAGUGCAAAGCCAAAGUCACCUUUUGAGAACAGGGAAAUAAUAGAUGAUAAUUCUGCAUAACUUGUAGAAAAAUCCGUAGCACAUGACAUUUAUCAAUAGAGAGAGAAUUGUGUGCACCGUCAGUCACUGUAAAAGCGUAACAAAAUAUUUAUAAUAUUUAAAUAUUCAUGUGGAAAAAUAUAUUAAAUAUUGGAGCAGACUAUGUCGCUGUUUGAGAGGCUGCACGCGAAGGGCUGUGCCGGGGUAGAAGGAGACAUCGUUGAGCUGAUUUCACCGCUUGCUCUGUCCAAGACUCUCCACGUCACUUACUCAAAUCAAGUUUCACACCUGCCGUCUUCUCGUUUUGUGAACAGAGCGAUGUCUUAGGACCACGGCUGGCCCUGUAAUGUACUGUGUGCGUGGAUUCUAUUUAUAUAUCACAGUGGCUUUAAUUUCAAUGCAGGCCAGAGGAUGGCUGAGAAACAAAGGUCAGGAAGAGAGAAUGUGUUUUGGUGUUUUAAGGUUCACAUCCACUCAGAAGUACAGUGCUUCGGACUAUAUUUUUUGUUUACCAUUUCCAACGUCAAUGCUGAGAAUUGAGAUCAUAUUUUAUGAGAUAGUGUUUAUCAGAAUUAACUUUUUUAGACACAUGACAAUAGGUGUUCCCUUACAAUAGCUCAACACUAAGUAAUGAUAAACAAGGAGAUUAUACUAGUGAUGCUAAUAUAAUAUGUAUGUUUGAUGAAGAAGAACACUAAACAUAGGAAAAGCAUUAUGUCAAGGUUUUAUGAAGGUAUCUUUAUUUUAUGAAGUACACAUGUGCUUUUAUCAAAGUAUUAACAGCCCAAAACAUUUUUCUAUCUAAAGAUCAGGACACAAUAAACCCCUGAGUAGUUUUAAACUUUUUGGACGAUCACACUAUGAACUUUUUCCCGUGCUGUGACGAUUUAUCAAAUUCUGAUACAGUUUCCAACAAAUUUCCUUUGGUUUCCUAAAUUUUCAACUGACAUGAUUACUGGAGGAAUAUAGUGUCACAUUUCCUACACCUCUUUUCUUUGCCAAAUAGCCAAAAUAAUCAGAUAUUUGUAUAUUAUAUGAGAAGGACAUAUACAUUUCUAUUCAAAGGCAUUAUCACAUAACUAUUUUACAGGGUGCGCCUUUCGGAGGGCUAUUUUGAAUCUGUUUCUAUGUUACCUCUGUGCCAGUUGAUGCAUGCUUUUCUUUUUAGUUUUCUUUUCUACCAGUGUGUCUGUAGGUGUGAUUGUAGGAAUUGAUUUAUCAUCUGUAUUUUGCAGAUGUUUUCUCUGGAUGUUAUGUAGUACAAUGAUUUCUGACCAAAUACUUUGUAGGAUUUGUAAUAGGGUGGAUUUGAAGACCAUGAAUAAAUGAAUAAAAACGAAAUAAAUCAAUGAAUAAAAAUAUAUAACAGAG